CCCAGGGGUCCCUGGUCAGAGGACUGUUUGCAGCCCACACUGCAGGGCAAGAGCCACUUCUGAGUCUCCUUUCUUCUUACUGGCGACUCCCAGGCCUCCACUCCAGCCUCUGCAAGCCAAGUAUCAGCUAUGAGGGUCCCGCUUCUUCACCUCUCCACUGCCUCUGGCUCCUGGUCCCUGGUGAAGCUUCUGCUGCCGCUACUGAUGGUGCAACUCUGGGCGGCGCAGGCUCUGCUGCUCCCGGGAAACGCCACGCGCGUGGACCUCGAGGCCUCCGGCGCCCAGUGCGAGCGUGACUAUCAUCCCUGGCAGGUCUCCCUCUUCCAUAACCUCCAGUUCCAAUGUGCGGGUGUCCUGGUGGACCAGAACUGGGUGCUCACGGCCGCACAUUGCUGGAGAAAUAAGCCACUGAGAGCUCGAGUUGGCGAUGACCACUUGCUGCUUUUCCAGAAGGAGCAACUGCGGUCCACGAGUUCACCUGUUUUCCACCCCAAGUAUCAGGCUUGCUCAGGCCCCAUCCUGCCACAUCGCUCAGAUGAACACGACCUCAUGAUGCUGAAACUGAGCAGUCCUGUAAUGCUGACGUCCAACGUGCAUCCCGUGCAACUGCCCUUCCGCUGCUCUCAGCCAGGGCAAGAGUGUCAGGUCUCAGGCUGGGGGACCUCAGCCAGCCGAAGAGUGAAGUACAAUAGGAGCCUGAGCUGUUCCAAGGUAACUCUCCUUAGCCAGAAGCAGUGUGAGACCUUCUACCCAGGUGUGAUCACCAACAGCAUGAUUUGUGCUGAGGCAGACGGAAACCAAGACUCUUGCCAGAGUGACUCCGGUGGCCCCCUGGUGUGUGAUGACACCCUGCAUGGCGUCCUCUCGUGGGGCAUUUACCCAUGUGGUGCUGCCCAGCACCCAUCUGUCUACUCAGAGAUCUGCAAAUACACCCCCUGGAUCCGAAGAGUCAUUCGUUUCAAAUGACCGUCUGCCCCUCUCCUCCUCUCAUGCCCACCCACCCCUCUUCCUUCAUCCCUUGUCCACUCCUGUUCUCUGCUCACAAAUGCAGAAAAUGGUGGCUGAGAAAGUUCUAGUACCCCAAGGAAGCUAGCAGUCCCCAAGUCUCUAAGAAAAGUUACCUGUCAUUCAACCUCUACCUCCCUCCUCUGUGUGACUGGGACAAGCCUGGUACUCUCUCUGAGCCUUGGUUUCCUUGUCUGUAAAAUGGGGACAAUGAAUUGUCUACCUCUUACAUAUGUUGUAUGGAGACCAUGAUGGAAUAUGUGUGUGUGUGUAUGUGUGUGUUUAUGGUCACUGACACAGGAACAUGAACACCAUCUGGUUAUCACUGAUUAAACACUACCAAAUCUGA